GGGAUCGUUGUAGCCCUGGCUGAUAUGCGAAUUGAGUACGUCAAGAUCAUCGUGCGAACUUUCGACUUUUGCUUCUUGCAAGGAUCCAACACUCUGUGGGCCGUCGUGUUGAGUCUUGAGAUGAACGACCUGCGCGUCUUGGUUGUGCUGGUUUGUUGGCUAAACUUUAUGUGUUGGCUGCUCCAAGAAACAUAUUUGCGAACUUCGUACCUCAUCGUUGGGGUAGCUCUGUGCGAAUGGGUAUUUUACGUCAUGUUGCUGCCAACGCUGUCACUCGAACUCGUUGAUGACCUUCACCACUACACUUUACUCACUGCUAGAGGACGAGAACUAUCCACACAGGACGUAUUAGCGAAUGUGAUCGGUAAUAUGGCGAUGUUCACGCUUCGCAAUCUUUAUCGACGGUACCAGAAUGUCAAGUACCGCAAAAACCAGCCCGAAGCGGCCAUGCAAGCGCUCGGAUACAGGCAUCUCCCCAUGCAAAUGCAUCUCGCAUCGGAACCGUACGCGUACGACAGUUGCGACACUGUUUGGCCUCGCAUUGGGAGUCUGGCAGCAAUUGCAUCGUGGAAACUUGUCUUUUUGUACGGCUCUGGGAUGGUUGGGGGGAGUUGUGCAGCGUUUUCGAUGUUUGUUCCGGAAAAUACGUUCGGGGCAGACGUAAGUGCCGUCUUAAGCGUUGUCGCCAGCAUAGUAUGCACUGGCGUCUUUGCGUGUAGUUGCCAGCGCCAACUGCUCAAGCGCGUCGUGACUUCCUUCCACUUCCUGUUCCUCACGACUCAAAUGAUUGCCACAGCCUUUUGCGUCAUCGACAUCUUCAGCCGUCGGUGGAUUCCAACCUGCGGCGUCGUCUCGAGUCUGCUGUUGGCUUACUCCGUUCUGACUGUCGACGCCUUGAUGCCUGUUAUGAAGAGGCGACUUCGCUUCCAGUACUCGACAGUGGUAGGGGGUAUUAUCCUCUUCUGGCUGGUAGAAUCUGCGCUGCUGCUGGACGUCCUGGUGCUGGGCAACUGGAAUCUGCAGGAUCGAGUGCUAUUGGACUUUACACUACUCGGUCAACGAGCAAAGUUUUACGUGGCACCGUUCAUGCUGAGUCGAAUUAUUACGAUCGUCGUGUGGUCGGGCCGCUUUGUGUUCGUCACAGCUACGAGGCACAACGACAACGCACUGAUUUUGCUUCGUGGCAAUGUGGAAUUCGACUUGGAAAGGUGGAAAAGAGAAGCCUAUAGUGACCCUCUCAGGACCAUUCAACGCCAAAGUGUACCGGGCAAAGACUUCGCUUGA